AUGGCGUCUAGAGUCUCCGAUCUUCCUCAUCAGAAAGGAAUCGCAGGCGAAGUAAAACCGAAGAUUGUUGCGGGACAUGGAAGACAAAACAGAAAGGCUCUUGGAGAUAUUGGCAAUCUCGUCAAUGAUCGUGAUCUUGCAACCGGAAAGGACAUUGCGAAGAAGGCGAAACAGUCAAAGUCCGAGGUUAUUGUCAUUAGCCCUAAUGAAAAUGAGAAAUCUUGCAAACCGAAUGUGAGCAAAAGAGGAUCAAAGACUUUCACAGCGACUCUAAAAGCUCGGAGCAAGGCUGCAAGUGGAGUCAAAGAUGAUGUGAUUGACAUUGAUGCUCUGGAUGUUAACAACGAGCUUGCUGCUGUGGAAUACGUUGAAGACAUCUUCAAGUUUUACAAGAUUGUUGAAGAAGAAGGAAGAAUGAGAGACUACAUGGAGUCACAACCUGAAAUCAAUGCGAAGAUGAGAUCGAUUUUGAUCGACUGGCUUAUUGACGUGCACAGGAAGUUUGAGCUAAUGCCUGAGACGCUUUACCUCACCAUUAACCUAAUUGACCGGUUUCUCUCUUUAACAAUGGUUCCUAGAAGAGAGCUUCAGCUUUUGGGGAUUAGUGCUAUGCUUAUAGCUUGCAAGUACGAAGAGAUUUGGGCUCCAGAGGUUAACGAUUUCGUCUGCAUCUCGGACAAGGCUUAUAGCAGAGAAGAGGUUUUAGCUAUGGAGAAAUCAAUCUUGCGACAAGUCGAAUGGUGCAUCACUGUUCCUACGCCUUAUGUGUUCCUUGCGCGUUACGUUAAAGCUUCUGUGGGUUGUGAUGUUGAGAUGGAGAAACUUGUGUUCUAUUUGGCUGAGCUUGGACUCAUGGAGUAUCCUUUGGUCGUCUUGAACCGUCCAUCGAUUCUGGCUGCAUCAGCGGUUUAUGCGGCGCGACAAACACUUGGAAAGACUCCAUCUUGGACUGAGACCUUGAAGCAUCACACUGGUUACUUGGAAGAUGAGAUAGUGGAGUAUGCGAAAAUGCUGAUGAAGUUGAGAGACUCGGCUCCAGAAAGUGCGUUGAGAGCAGUUUUCAAGAAAUACUCAGUCUCGGAAAAUGCUGAAGUUGCUCUUCUCCCUUCGAUGGACGACUUGUCUGUAUCUUGUUCAUGA